AUGAGAUUAAGAAAAAGAUGGAUUAAUUCUAAUCGAGGAUUGUUUACAUCGGUUAGAAGAUGUAAAUCAUUGAAAACUGGAGAAAGUUAUGCUGCGAAAUUUACAAGCAGACAACGGUAUGGAGAAGAUUGCAGUACGGAAAUUUAUCACGAAAUUGCUUUGUUAUCACUUUGCGGAUCCGCACCCAGAGUAAUACAAAUCCACGACGUUUUUGAAAAUCCAAAUGAAAUUAUUAUUGUUAUGGAAUACGCUCCCGGAGGGGAUCUACAAACGAUAAUAGAUGAAGAAUUAAUACCGUUUGAAUCCGAUGUUGUUUCUUACAUAAGACAAACAGCAGAAGGUUUAGAUUAUUUACACAGGAGAAAAAUAGCACAUUUGGAUAUUAAACCUCAAAACAUCGUCAUGAUGUCCGAUUAUCCAAAUUGCGAAAUAAAACUUUGCGAUUUUGAAAUUUCCAGAGUUAUACUGGAAGGAAAAAUAAUAAGAGAACUUUUAGGAACUCCAGAUUAUGUGGCUCCAGAAAUUUUACAUUACGAUCCGAUAACACUCGCUGCCGACAUGUGGUCUUUGGGUGUUACAACAUACGUUUUAUUAACAGGUUAUUCACCUUUCGGUGGUGAAACCGAUCAGGAAACUUUUUGUAACAUAUCAAGAGGUGAAUUAGAUUUUCCAGAUGAUUUAUUUAAAGAUGUGUCAAACGAUGCUGUUGAUUUUAUUAAAAAACUCAUCGUUAAAAAUCCAAAAGCGAGAUUAACGGCGUCUGCAUGCCUCAAACAUCCCUGGUUAAAUAAUUCAACCGACAGAAACAAAAUGAAGGAGUCAAAAAAUACUUUGGUAAAGCCCGAAAGAGUCGUAACUCAAAACGAUGACGUAGGAUCGAACUUGGAGGAAGAAAAGAGAAAAGAAAAUGAAUACGUCGAUGAUGGAAACCGAGAAAAUGAUGAUAAUAAAAAUAAUAAUAAAAAAUUAAGAAAAUAUCUUUCGAAAUCUCGUGAAGCUUUAUUUGAUAAAGUCGUACAAAAACAUAACAACAACAGCACCAGCAGCAAUUUUAAAAAAUACACGUUUAAAAAUCACAGAUUUAGAAAGACGAGAAUGUGCGAAAGUCAAAUUUCACUCAUAUCAAAAUCGCAAGAAAAAUUAUUGUUAACCGGUGGGGAAACAUUAAAUGCACCAAGUAGAUCAAUAGAAAAACUUUACGGUUUAAGAAGUUUAUCGAAAUCGCAAGAAGUGUUAAACUUAUAUAAAACCGGAGGAUUGUUAACAAGUCAAGAAAAUUUAAAUUUGGUAUCGGAAAUAAUCAAAUCAAGAGAAAAUUUGAACGUGGAAAGUCAAGAAGAAGAUACGAAAGAGGCGGGAAAAUAUAGAAAAUUAAUGAGAGCGACGACUGCUGAUUUGGGUGUCUUGCAUUCAAAAACUCAACCCUCCAGAAUGGAUAGUUACUCGUCGACGACGUCACUCGCUUCUUUUUCAACCAAUUUACCCGAUGAAGAUGACGAUGACGACGAAGAAGAUGAUGAUGAUGAUGACGUUAUUGAUUAUAAAGAAAAAUUUGAAUCCUCUCCCGUUCCUACGUCAUCACCAAAACGUGAUCGACGUGAUGACGUGACUUUUACUCACCCUAACAAUCCUGUUAUGAAAAAAAUAGAAAAAUUAGAAAAACAAAAAAAAAUAAAUGAAAUGAAAGAAGAAGAAGAAGAAGAUGAAGAACCGAGAUUUACCGUUGCUCAAUUAGUAACAGCAUUUAACAAACACCAAGAAAUUGUUACGAAAACAUCUUUGGAAGUUACCAUGUCAGCACAAGAAAAAAAAAUGAAAAUCCCAAAUAUAUGUUUACCUUAUGAAAGUCAAUCUUCAUUUCCGACCGGACCGAAAGCAUUAAGACUUUUCAUACCGGAUAUUGAUUUAGUUUCCGUUCCGGAAAAAUGUUUUCCAAACAAGUACAAAAUGAAAUUCACUAGCGGAAAUGAUAAAAAAAAAUUACAGAGUCCAAAAAGUCCAGACGAUUACGAUAUUUUAAGGUUAUUUCCGGAAUCACCACAAUCGAAUAAAAAUUAUUCGAAUGCAGAAGAUUUUUUCACAUCGACAAAUCAUCAAAAAGAAAAUAAUAAAAAAUAUGGUCAAAAAUUUAUUGGCAGUUCCAACAAUCAAGAGAAAAUUUCAGCGUCGAUUCCUCAAAGGAAAAACAACAGCAAACCGUCGAGUCCGAUAAUCGAUAAUAAAAACGAACCGUUAUUUAAAAUUUCUGAUUCUCAUUAUAAAUCUGAUGACGUCAUUAAAAAAAGAAGUCCGACGCCGAAUCGUAAAAUUGGAAUUAAUAGAUCUUUCGAAAGGAGUCCUACGGUCACGAGAAAAUCACUUACCGUUGAAAAAAGUCCAUUGACGCAAAGGAAAACUACGAUGCAAACGUCUACGAGACCUUUUUCUAAUACAAAACAAGAUGAUUAUUAUCAUUAUCAUAAAAAGGAAAAUUCGUGUUCGUCGAAUUAUAAAAUCGUAGGUAUAGGUGAAAAAAAUUCUACCAACAGAACAAAUUCGAGCGUGAGUUAUAAAAUUGAAUUUGACAGCCCUGUCGUAAAAAGGAAAUUUCCAAUUAAACCUAAUCUUCUUGUCAAAGGAACGAUAAGUUCUAAUUUAAAAGUUAGAGAAACCGUUACAAGAGCAAGAAAAUAA